AUGGCCAUCGACACAAAAUCAGAACUCAGAAAGAGAACACAACAAUCCAUAAAAACAGAGGAUAUUGCCACUACGAGUACUUCUCCCGAACAACUUAAGGAUCAUCAACAUCAACACAAUCAUCAUCAACAUCAUCAUGAAGAGAAUAUGCAUGCUCACGAACUUUUUCAAUCGAUGAAGGCUGAAUCUAAACGUCUCAUAUUCGAUCCAAAGAAUUAUCCAAAGGAAAAGGUAUUUUGUUCUCAAGCCGAUAAACACAAAAUUCCAGUCUAUAUGUAUGAAAAAUACGUUUGGGGAGGAUAUCGUAUGAACCUAAGUUUCAAGGAAGCAUUCUUAUCAAUAUUCCAGAUCAAUAAUGAAACUGUUAACAAUUGGACUGCAAUACUGUCGGCUUUGGUAUUCUUCUACUUUACUAUAGACGUCAUCUUCUUCUGGGAACCAACUUUGAUUGGAGAAACAAAGAAUGGUUAUUCUUCAUACUUUAAUCAUGUUGUGAGUGAAAACUUUUUGGAAAAGUCCAUGUUUGUGGUUUAUUGUGUAUCAUCAAUUAUAACAUUUGGUGCAUCUUUAUUUUACCAUUGGUUCAGUUGCAUGUCUGAGAGUGCUUUCCAUACCUUGUUGAGAAUUGACAUUAGUUCCAUUGCAUUAUUGAUUGGUGGUAGUUACUAUCCUCCAUUAUAUUAUGCAUUCUAUUGUACACAAUCUGUUGGAGUUUUCUACAUUUCCACAAUUACAAUCUUGUGUUUGAGUUGUGUUGCAAUGUUCAUCAUUCCAAGAUUUUCCAGAGAAGAUUAUAGACAAUUUAGAGUUCGAGUUUUUGGAUUUACUGCACUUUAUGGUUUAUGUCCACUAGUUCAUAUCAUUUAUCUUUAUGGAUUUGAUAAUGACGCCCUUAAUAAUAGACUGUUAGGUAUCAUGUACAUGUAUUUGUGCUAUGCUGCUGGUGUCUUUUUCUAUAGUACCAAAUUGCCAGAAAGAUUAUGGCCUGGCAAGUUUGACAUUUUCUGUCAUAGCCAUCAAUUUUGGCACAUUUUUGUCUUUUCGGCCACAUUGCUUCACUUUUACAAUUGUGUCUACAUGAAGACAGAGUCUGGAGUUUGUUUUGCUCCUCUUCCAAAUACUUAA